AUGAUGUGCGAGGUGCUGCCCACCAUCAGCGAGGACCCGCGGCGGGGCUCGGGCGCGGCCGAGGAGCCGGGGCUGGAGCAGCUGAUGGUGCAGAUGCUGCGGGAGCGCGAGCGGCUGCUGGAGACGCUGCGGGACACGCAGGAGGGGCUGAACACGGCGCACCUGCGGCUGCGCGACCUCGCCCACGAGAGGGACCUGCUGCAGCGCCAGCUCAACUGCGCCCUGCCGCAGGAGCUGGCGGCGCUGACCAAGGAGCUGAACCUGUGCCGGGAGCAGCUCCUGGAGCGCGAGGAGGAAAUCGCCGAGCUCAAGGCCGAGCGCAACAACACCCGCCUGCUGCUGGAGCACCUGGAGCACCUGGUGUCGCGCCACGAGCGCUCUCUCCGCAUGACCGUGGUCAAGCGCCAGGCGCAGUCCCCGGCCGGGGUCUCCUCCGAGGUCGAGGUGCUCAAGGCCCUCAAGUCGCUCUUCGAGCACCACAAGGCCCUGGAUGAGAAGGUGCGGGAGCGGCUGCGGGUGGCCCUGGAGCGCGUGGCCGUCCUCGAGGAGGAGCUGGAGGUGUCCAACCAGGAGUCCCUGUCCCUCCGGGAGCAGCUGUCCCGGCGCCGCUCGGGCCUGGAGGACGCGGCCACCGACGGGGACAGCGCGGUCAGAGGUCAGGGGUCAGGGGUCAGAGGUCAGCUGUCCCCCCAGGCGGAGCUGGAGGCGUCGCUGGGCCGGCAGCGCGUGGCCGCCCUGUGCCGGCAGCUGGGGCGGCUGCAGGACGAGGCCAACGCGGCCCAGAGGGAGCUGGCCCGGGCCCACGAGGCGGGGGCCAAGCUGCAGAGGGACCUCAAGGAGGCGCUGGCGCAGCGCGAGGACAUGGAGGAGCGCAUCACGACGCUGGAGCGGCGCUACCUGAGCGCCCAGCGCGAGGCCACCUCCCUGCACGACGCCAACGACCGCCUGGAGAACGAGCUGGCCAGCAAGGAGAGCCUGUACAGACAGAGCGAGGAGAAGGGCCGGCAGCUGCAGGAGUGGCUGGAGGACGCCAAGGCCAAGCUGCAGCUGACCCUGCAGAAGGCCGAGACCCUGCCCGAGAUCGAGGCCCAGCUGGCCCAGAGGGUGGCGGCGCUCACCAAGGCCGAGGAGCGCCACGGGAAUUUCGAGGAGCGGCUGCGUCAGCUCGAGGCCCAACUGCAGGAGAAGAACCAGGAGCUGCAGAGGGCGCGGCAGAGGGAGAAGAUGAACGACGAGCACAACAAGCGGCUCUCGGAGACGGUGGAUCGGCUGCUGAGCGAGAGCAACGAGCGGCUGCAGCUGCACCUCAAGGAGAGGAUGGGGGCCCUGGAGGAGAAGAAUUCGCUGAGUGAAGAAAUCGCCAACAUGAAGAAAAUGCAGGACGAGCUCCUGCUCAACAAGGAGCAGCUGCUGGCGGAGAUGGAGCGGAUGCAGCUGGAGCUGGACCAGCUCCGGGGCCGCCCCGGCUCCUCCUACUCCAGGUCCCUCCCUGGCAGUGCCCUGGAGCUGCGGCACCCCCAGAGCCCCCUCGGGGGGACCCCCCCGGAGCCCCACGGGCCCCCCCCGCAGGGCCAGGAAGGGGCGCUGGGCCCCCCCCAAGGAGGAGCAGUGGCAGCGGGGGGGGCUCCCCCCCGAGGCUCCCCCCGAGGGCUCGGACGAGGAGGAGCCCAGGGGGGGGGUCCCGGACGGACGGACGGACGGACAGACGGACGGACAGGCGGACGGACAGGCGGACGGCAGACGGACGUGCAGACGCUGGCGUUCAUGCUGCAGGAGCAGCUCGAGGCCAUCAACAAGGAGAUCAA